AUGCCAGAGGCUUCUGUAAUUGCCGCUGGUCCAGGCGCACCGAAUAAGGACGGCCAUGUCGUACCAACGAGUGUGAAGCCCGGUGACAAGGUCUUGCUACCAUCAUGGGGUGGUAACUCGAUUAAAGUUGGCGAGGAGGUACGUACUAUGCUUCUGCGUGUCCGCGACCAUGUGCGCGAGCAUGCCAGCCCAGUGAAAUACAGGUCCUAA